AUGCUCUUUAAUUUAUUUGUUUUACUUUAUUAUGAUGAACCAUUACCGGAAAAUUUUGUUGCUGAUUCAAUUGGUAAUUGUAAAGUAAAGUAUUCUUUGUUUAUAAAAAGCGAUGUGCCAAUAAAAUCCAUAGAAACUUCUCCAAGUGCCACAAAUCCAUUUGGUGAAUUAAAUAAAUUAAAUACCACAUUCUCGUUUCAAAUAAUAUCAAAUUUAGAUUCGCCAAACUUUACACUCACAGUAAUAAUUAUUGAUAAUAAUUUAAAAGAAUUUAGAGAUUCAAGAAUAGUAUAUUGCGUUAAAUUAAAUAAUUAUGGCCCAACAACAGAAUAUUUAUUACAGACAAAGAAAAAUAAAAGUAAACUUUUUUUAAAUGGUGUAAUUAGUAAAAGUUCAAAUACAGGAAAAGUAAGUGGGCCAUUAAUUGUUGUUGAAUAUAUUAGUAAUACACCACCACUUUUAGAAUCAUUAUACCCCAAUCCAUUUGAUUUAUUAAUAAAACCAUUAGGAAAUAAAAAAACAAGUAUAUUGUAUGAAAUUUUAUUUUUUACUUCAGCACCAAACUAUUUUUUCGACCAACUUGAAAUAUUUUAUGCAUGGGGUAGUUUUAAAAUAGAACAAGCUCCCUCAACAAAUCCCCAAAUUAUAUUUUCCCAAAUUUCUAUUUUUCCAACAGUUCAACCGAGUGCUAGUGCAAUUGGGCUUUUUAGUUUAAAAUUUAAUGAUUCUUCACAAGAAAGAACAAUUAGAAUUAUCUCUGUAAAUUCUUAUGUAUAUCCAGCUUUCAAUGAUGGUUUAAAUGUAACAUAUCUUUGUUAUUUUAAUGAAAAAGGUAAAUCAGAUAUUAAUUUAUCAUACGGUAUCCAAUCUAAACCAAUCUUUUCGGGUACUGUAAAUAUCCAAGCUGAAGAUUACUCACAAGGCAAAGAAAUGUUAUUAUUAUUCAAUGAUCAAUUAAUGAAUAUCACUCCAACAGCAUUUACAGUAGUUUUAAGUGGAGUACCACUAUUACCACAAUAUCCAAUAAAAUUAACAUAUCCAAGUGGUUUCGAGAGACAAUUAUGGCUCAACCAAAAUCCAUUUUCAUUAAAGAAUGGUUUUAGAAAAGAUUCAAUUGAUACUUAUGAAAUAGUUUUCACUGCAAAGUUAUCAAAAUAUUCAAGAGGUUCACAUAUUUUAAAAUAUAAUUCAACAAAUUACCUUACUUUCGAAGCUACACCUAAACCAGAAUUAAUUGUUGAUAGUAGUCCACCAGACAUAAUAAUGGUUCGAUCUUUUAAUAUUGGUAGAAUGAAAAUAGACAUUCAAAUUUCAAUUAUUGAUGAUAUUUCAGGUUUUUCAGCUUUUGUAUGUUUAGAUACCAAUGAAAUCAUUUUCGAUUAUAAAAAUUUAAAAAUAGGUGGCACAAUAAAUAAUGGUGUUUAUAGUUUUAUUUAUGAUUAUGGUUUCACACCAGUUUGUAAAAAAUCAGCAUUUUUAGAUUUCGCAGGCAAUGCAUUAGUACAAAAUCAAUCAUUUGUGGAUUUAAUAGUUUCAAAUGGAAUGUUUAACUAUUUUUCAAUUGACCUUCCAAUUACAAAACCAAAAACAUUAUCAGAUUUUGAUCAAUUUUAUUUUGCAUUCAAUAAUAUCAAUUUAACAAACCAAGGUUUUUACAAUACAUUAUUUUUUAAAUUUAAAGAUAAUGAUAAUGAUCCAGACUAUUGUAUUAAAUUUAGAUUGGCAAUUUCAGAAGGUUGGCCAAAUCCAGUGGAUAGUUUUUCAACAUGGGAUUACAAUUUGCAAAUGUAUAGAGUUGACUUUUUUUUACCGUCAAACUUAUUAAAUAUGGAUAUACUUUAUUAUAUUUAUUUAGGACUUGAUUAUGAAACUCAAUAUUCAACAUCACACUUCCAAUCAUGGGUCAGUUCAAACAAUGCAACAUUAUCAGUAUACUCAAAUAAUGGAGAUAUAAUGCCACCUAUGGUUCAUUAUUUAGAUUGGCUCAUAACUGAUAUGCUAAACUAUUCAAUACAAAGGAAUUUAAUAUGGAUGUUUAAUAUUGAAGACCAAUAUAAUGGUUUUGAUAUGGGUGAGCUUACAAUUAUGGGUUCAGUAGAUUUUAUACCAUGGAACUUUAAAUUUUCAUCAAAUAAUAAGAAUCCACUAUCAGAUUAUUAUAACUUUACAAUUUCUAUUCCUCAAAAUUCAAGAACUCAAACCUAUUAUAUCACUCAUUUGAAAUUAGUUGAUAAAAAUGGAAUAUUUUCUGAAUAUAAUAUUAGUAAACCACAAGUUUUCCCAAACGUUGAUCCAUUAAUUAAAAUGCCCUCUCGAUCAUUUAAAGUUCUUGGUGAUGAUGAUAAUCCUAUUUCAAGUACACUUCCAACAUUGGUUGAUUUCAUUAUAACACCAAGUUUAAUCGAUGUCGGAGGUUCAGAUAUUUCAAGAAAUGUUAUAUUCACUAUUAAAACCCAAGAUGUGGUUGGAAUUAGACAAGAUGUAAAACCAACCAUUUAUUUAGGUGAUACCUAUUUAAAUUAUAUACCAGUACCAGUUACAUCAGAUGGUGUUUUAGAUCCAAUUACAGGUGUCACGACAUUUACGGUUUCAACAACUAUUCCAUAUGGUUUUGGUUACCCAGAAGGUAUUUUAUUAAAUGUAUUUGGAAUUAAAAGCUCACAUUCUACAUUUCAAGGUUAUUCAUCAUUUGAUUUACGUGAUGCUUUUUUUAGCUAUUCAAUCACUACUUCAACUUUCUCAGUAGGUACGAAAUUAUUAUCCUAUUCACCAAUUUCAAACAAAGGUGGUCAAUUUACAAUUUUUGGAAGAUCAUUAGAUGCCAUAGAGAAUCCUUCUUACUAUAUUACUUUAAACUCUCAAACAAAUGUAUCAAAAAUAAUUCCAGACAUUCAAUUUAUUUCAAUUAGUAGUUCAGCAGUUAUAAUUACAGCAGUUCCUUCUAAUUCUUCAUUUUCAGUAUUUUUAGUAGAUUCCUCAAGUAAUAAUAUAAUUGAUUCAAUUAUUAUUAAUCCAUAUUAUGAUUAUUGGGUAUCCAAUCCGAUAAAACCAACUGAAACACCAAUAGUAUUACCUACAAAUCCACCACAAAAAUGUGGUGGUAAUCCACAAUGUGGUGGUGAAUCAAAAGGUAAAUGUGUGAAUGGAGUAGGUUGUGUUUGUAUUUCACCAUGGAUUGGAAGUGAAUGUCAAUCAAGAAUUAUUACUAUCCCACCACCAAUCAUAGACCCAAAAAAUCCAAAUCAAAAUUUAACAUUAAAUUCAACAGGUACAAAUGAAUUCACAUUGGUCAGUUUAGUAUCAUUAGUUUCAUUAAGAGAAUUAAAUUUUAAAAAUGAAUUAGUUAGAUCAUUCCGUUUCGAUAAAUGGAAAUUAAUAUCAAACACUACAACCGAUAGUAAUUAUAUAACAGAUGUAAUAGACCCAAAAAAUAAUAAUACAAUAUGUUCAGUUAAUGUUUCAACUACUUGGUAUCAAACAAAAACAGAUAUCGAAUUUGCAGGUCAAAAAUUAACAAUGAAUCCUAGUACAUUAAAAUAUAAUAUCAACAUUACAUCAUUCCCAUUCACAUAUGGAUUGAAUACACUUCAAUUAGUAAUGUCAGCAACAGCACAAUCAACAUCACAACAAGAUGAUCAAUGUUCAUCCAAUGAAUUUGGUGAUACUACAUCAAAUGAUAAUUCAAAUUAUCUUCAACUAUCAGUCAAUCAACAUUCACUCUAUGGUAGAUUUAUUAAAAGAGGUAUUGUAGAUAACAAUAUCAAAUCAAUUGGUAAUGAAAUUUUAAAAGAUCUCUCAAGUGAAAACUCUUAUUACAUUUCACAAUCAUAUAUUGGUAUAAAUAUUCCAUUUUACAAAGAAUCUGUUCAAUUAGAUCCAGAUUUCUCAGUUUUAUUAGAUCAAAGAUCAGCAUCAUCAAUUUGUAAUAAUAAAGGAAAUAAAUUAUCAAAAGGUGCUAUCAUUGGUAUAUCAAUUGGGUGUGCUGCAUUUACUGUUGUUGCUGUAACUCUACUUGUAAUUUUAUUAAAGAAUAAAUAUUUCUUUAAAAGUAUUCAAUUAAAAGCUAUAGAAUUAGUAGAAACAAAAAAUAAAUAA